AACGAUUUGUUAAGUGAUUUGGAAUUCACGAGUGAUUUACUAGAAGUUUUUAGGAUCUAGCUACGAUAAAUAAACUAACUGCCUACUUGAAUAAUCUUAAACAAAAAUGUUAAUUUUCACGUUAAUUUCACGUUUUUUCACCAGGAGGAACCAAUUGGAAAUACGGUGCUAUUUAUGAUAUGAUAGAUGCUUGGAGGGAGCGAAAUCAAUCAGCUAUCGCGGAGGAAGUUAGACUGAGUGUAUGCAAGGAAAAACUGAUUAUUGCAAAUUCGAAGGAAAGUGAAAGUUCACCUCCACAAUCUUCUCUGUUCAAUCAAGGGGAAACUCAAGAGUCAAUCGGCUUGGACGCCGAGGAAAAUCAAGUUGUGUCAACGGAAGUUGAAUAUCAAUCUGCCGAAUUGAGCCUCCGAAUCACCCAGGAGAAUUGUCCCAAUUUCGCAGAUAUCAUAAACAAUCCGGUGCAAACAGUUCAAUGUACUUCUACUGCCGAGAAAGCCGAAUCGCGUUUGUGUUUGGAAAAUCGUAAUACAUCAAAUUAUUCAUUCGCUACGGGAGACGCAGCAGUUCCGCUAUCACCCAGUGUUUUAUUAGCGCUUCUGACCCAAACCAAGGAGGGGAAAGAAAUAACAAUAUGUGCUAAGGACGGAGAACUUUCAGAGGCUAAGCAGUUUCAACUAGCUGGUGUGAUCGCUCGUUAUCAUUUAGGUCAGUGUAAGAUCACUAAAAAAGAGCUCUUGGAGAAUUACGUUCGUGUUAUAACCACUCUUUUUCCACACGAAAAGGCUGUAAAUUAUUACAUUCCUAGAAAUGGGGACCGAAAAAACUUCGGUGGCAAAGUUGCAAAUAAGAUAGGAAAUUUGAAGCAAAAAAAGCGGAAAUCUGAUGCAAAAGAGGAAGAACACAGGAAAAAAAUUAAGUGCAAAAAACCGAUUGAUACGUUGACAGAUCCAGAAGUGCAAGUAGCAACUGAAUGGUCAAAAUUUAAUUCAGAGCCAUGGAGUACGGUACUGGAAAUGUGGCCCAAAGCGUUUCACUACAAAUUGCGACCGGGAUAUCAAUUAUUCGAUAUUGAUUUUCAUCUUACUAACAUCGGUACACUAAGUGGAUUGGAAAGGCUGGCAAGUUUUAGAGCGGGAUUGAUUACCUAUGUAACGAAACAUGCUCAGGAUCCAUCGGCAGACAGUUUGAUUUCCGUUUCGAUUGAUAGUUCCUCAUCUGAAGAUACCAAACUCUGCACGCUUUUGCUUGGACUUAAUACAAUAUUACUAUCGAUAUCUGCAGGAUUGCAUUUCAAACCAACUAUUCUUGUAGCACAAGAGGAUACAAUUUUGUUCGUGCCGACAGAAUAACAAAUUCGUUCAAAAAUCCAAUCAGUUUAUGCAGUCUUAUGCUGAGCGUAAUCUACCGAUUGUACCGAAGCUCGUAUUUUUAGGAUCUAGCUACGAUCAACUUGAUGGGAGAUUCUUCGUAUGUUAUGACACUGUGUUAUAUGAACUACCUUCAGCGACAAGAUCUCUAGAUGUACUCAUAAAACUAACAGCAGCAUUGGAUCUACCAUAUUCAAAACUCUCCAAACUAGUUUGGCAUUUUUUGAGUUCGUACGUGUAUGAAAUAGAAAAACGAGAAACCUAUACCAGCAUAAAUAAACUAACUGCCUACUUGAAUAAUCUUAAACAAAAAUGUUAAUAAAGUGCAUGCUAUUCGAUUGCAGUGAAAGCUUCAUCAGCUGCGUCUCAUAUUUAGAUAAUCCAAAGAACUUUCACCGAACACCGGCAUCUUACAGAUAUAGAUGCACAAUCCAACGAUACAUUUAAAUCUUUUCCAAAUUAUAUCCUUUUAAGAAGCACAUAUCGAAUCACCAAGAAUUGCGAGUAAAUGCUGUCAAUGAUGAUGGCAGUUCCUAUAAUUUUUCGAAUAUACCAGUAAUAGGCCAAGCACACCAAGUAGUUUCGAAUUUGUUACAAAGUACAAACUUAAAGAUAGGUGAUGUUCCAGAAAAUCAUUGUACAACAGACUAUAGUAAAGCCUUAUCUAAUACUCAUACAUUUUUAUCAUCAGCAGCAGCUUUUACUUUGAAAUUACAUGCAAGAAAUAAUAACUGAUAACACUUCAUUCUUUUAAUAGACCAUUUUCUUCCGUGUUGAGAAUAGUUUUAAUAUGGAUAUGUAAAAUAGUACGUAGU